UCCUAACAUGCGCUGGGUGGUUAGGACAGCGGAGAGGGCUUGGUUGGAAUUUGGCAAGUUUCUAUAAGUACCAGACGGAAGCUUGGAAAGUGAGAGUUCAUAAAGCAGAGAGAGAGAGAGAGAGAGAGUAUUCUAUGAAUGUACCGGUGAAGUUGCAGGAUUUGGAGUUCCGUGUCGGGGGCCGGGGGAGUAGUUGAUUUAUAGAGGGUUUUGAAGAGGUUUUUCUAAGGUUGGAGGGGGAGACAAUUCUUUUCUGCUGCGUUGAAGAGUUCUAGUGAUAUCAUUCUCCAUAAGACAGAGAUCAGAGAGGGGGAAGAUCUUUGGAUUUCUUUCUGUCUUAUACUAGUAAACAACCAGCAGCCACUCUAGCAGUGCACGAAUCUUCAAGAGUUAUAAUGGGGGCCGAUAUGAACUCUUCGUGGGAUAUGGAUGAUGAAUAUGAGAAAUUUGUUCGAAGGAUGAAUCCACCCAGAGUUGUAAUUGAUAACGAAACAUGCAAAAACGCAACAGUUAUACGGGUGGACAGUGCGAACAAACAUGGAAUACUUCUGGAGGUUGUGCAGGUGCUCACAGAUCUGAACCUUAUUAUUACUAAAGCUUAUAUAUCUUCUGAUGGAGGAUGGUUCAUGGAUGUUUUUAAUGUUACUGAUCGAGAAGGGAACAAGCUUAAAGAUGAAGGGAUUCUGGAAUAUAUUCGUAAAUCUCUUGGGGCAGAUUCCUCCUUUGUACCCACGUUGGGAAGAAAUGUGGGGGUUGAGCAAUCAACCAACCACACAUCAAUUGAGUUAACUGGCACCGACAGACCUGGACUGCUGUCUGAAGUGUGUGCUGUUCUCACUGGCCUGAAAUGCAAUGUAGUAAAUGCAGAGGUUUGGACCCACAAUACGCGGGCUGCAGCUGUGAUGCAUGUAACUGAUGAGGAGACUGGUUCUGCAAUUACUGACCCGGAGAGCCUGUCUAAGAUUAAGGCAUUGCUCUGUAAUGUACUGAAGGGUAACAAUAAAACCAGGGGGGCCAAGACUGCAGUUUCUCUUGGGGUGACCCACACUGAGAGAAGGCUUCACCAGAUGAUGUUUGCCGAUCGGGAUUAUGAACGGUUAGAUGAUCAUGCCUUUGAUGAGAAGCAAAGGCCUAAUGUCACUGUUGUCAAUUGGUAUGACAAGGAUUAUUCAGUUGUCACAAUUCGGUGCAAGGAUAGGCCAAAGCUUCUCUUUGACACAGUCUGCACCUUGACUGAUAUGCAAUAUGUGGUUUUCCAUGCAAAUGUUGAUGCAGAACAACCAGAAGCUUAUCAGGAAUUCUAUAUCAGGCAUAUUGAUGGGUCCCCUGUAAAUUCAGAAGCAGAGAGACAAAGAGUAAUCCAAUGUCUUGAAGCAGCCAUUGAAAGAAGAGUAUCUGAGGGAUUGAAGCUGGAGCUCUGCACAACUGACAGAGUUGGAUUGCUAUCAGAUGUCACUCGAAUCUUCCGAGAGAAUGGCUUGGCAGUCACAAGGGCAGAAGUGACAACCAGAGCAGGGAAGGCCAUCAAUACCUUCUAUGUUCGUGAUGCAGCAGGAAAUCCCGUUGAUGCCAAGACAAUUGAUUCAAUCAGACAAGUGAUUGGCCAGACAAUUCUCCAAGUGAGAGGCUGCUCCGAGAACACGAAAUCUUCUUCGCAGGAAUCCCCGACCAGGUUCCUCUUUGGUGGUCUCUUCAAGUCCAGGUCUCUCUGCAAUUUUGGUCUUGUUAGAUCCUAUUCUUGAGUUCCAGACUUCCAGUCUUGAGGUUCCCAAGGCUUGCACUCGGGUUUCCUAGUUAUAACUUGUAACCAUGUACAUACAUCCCUGCUUCACUGGAAACUCUUCCAUGGAUUGCUGUUCCCCUGUUAUGGAACAUGCCAUUGGAAGAUAGAGAUGCAGAAGUCAAGUUUUUGCCAAAUAGGGAAAAGAAGAAAUACAGUGACAUAGUGGAGCACCUGUAAAUUCGUUCUACUCAAUUCCCAUGUUCUGCCCAUUUGUUAAGGAGGGAGGGAUUCAACCCCCAUUUAACCAGGAGAGCAUAAGAAUUAAAACUAGAACAAAGAAGGAAAUGUAUAGGAAAUACUCAGAUAUAAAUUGAAGAAUGAUCUCAAUGACUAGUGUGUACGAAUGUAAAAUUUUCCUCCCAACAUAUGGGUGCAACCUUUGUAAAUAAUAUAGAUCCAUUUUUUUUUAC